CCAUGCACCGAGAGGAGCAACGAGAUCAGAGAAGAGACAGCUAAAUAUCUCGGUUGCUCUGUGGCAAGCGAACGAAAGAUCAAUAUUUAACCCACAAUUUGUCGCUUUGGUUGAACUGCAAACCCCAAACCCAAAGCCUGCUUUAAAUCAGACGUGAUUUUCUGAUAAACAUUAAGUGAGAUUGGGAAGUACGCGGCCACGGAAGCCAAAUUGUAUGUGUGAAGUGCUAGCUGUUAGCUGACAGGCUACAAAGCUUUAGCCAUUGAUUCAAUGGCGUUGAAACGAAUUCAGAAGGAGCUGUCUGACCUGCAGAGGGACCCGCCUGCACAAUGCUCCGCUGGACCAGUUGGAGAGGAUUUAUUUCAUUGGCAGGCAACAAUAAUGGGUCCCAGUGACAGUCCAUAUCAAAGCGGAGUGUUUUUCCUUACCAUUCACUUCCCAACAGAUUACCCCUUCAAACCACCCAAAGUUGCAUUCACAACAAAAAUUUACCAUCCCAAUAUCAACAGCAAUGGAAGUAUUUGUCUGGAUAUACUGAGAUCACAAUGGUCACCUGCACUUACAGUUUCAAAAGUAUUAUUGUCUAUCUGCUCUCUUCUCUGUGAUCCAAACCCUGACGACCCACUGGUGCCAGAGAUCGCCCAUACAUACAAGGCUGACAGGGAAAAGUACAACAAAUCAGCGAGAGAAUGGACACAUAAGUACGCAAUGUGAGAAGGCCAGGGAGAUCAAAAUACAAAUGAGAACAAAAUAAACACGUUUGAUUUGUAACUUGAGGCAAAUGAGCGACAGAGGGGGGAAAAAACUAAACUAGACAACAUCUUUUGGAGGAGGAAGCGAUACAAUGAGGUACAGUGCCACCUGGCUUUCCAUGUGCUGAGCUGCUACCAUGUGCUGUCCUUCAUGACUUGUAUGGAUCUGCUGAGCAGGACCUGACAGGCUCCUUAAAGCACUCCCAUAUGGAAUACCGGAAAUACUCUUCACAGUCCAUACCGCCACACUCAGACUUUAAACUGUUACUCCUGCUUUCGUGAUUAUCACCUUCAUCUUUGCUAUUCAUUCGCAUCAUUUUCUCCCUCAAUGAGUCAUAUCAUUAUGCUACUCGGAAAGCAAACAUUUAUUUCGGAGAUUGGCUCUCCUUUUAUUUCAGAGGUACUUGUCUAUGUCCCACUGGAUGUCUUGUUAUUACUGUGUUUCCAUGUAUUUAGUGGCCUUUCUGUGUUUUUAUUUUCGGUUUAUGUGCAAUUGAGGCAGAAUGUUCCCUGUUCAACACGAAGUGGUGCAGUGCCAUUACCAGCAGCCGAUCUGUUGGCACAUGCUGUCUCUACCCCCAAACAAUGUGAAAGGUGUAAAGAAGGAUCAGUCUCUUAUCACUCACUGCAUUUAAAUAGCGACAGUAUUUAAGUGCGUUUGAGGACAUUGGAGAGCUGCGGUUAACAGCCAGCUGGCCCUUGCCUCACUUCAGUUGUGCUCCAUAGGGCAAAUGUCUACCUCCAUUUUUCUCACACAUGCUGUCAUUGCACUUAUACUCCAAUUAAGUAACCACCCAUGGCUGGUGUCCAUAGUGCAAAAAAUACUACUGUUUGACUUAUUACUUGUGUAGCUAUGAACAUGGCUACUCUUUGGCAUCUAGCUGAAUGUGUGCCACCUCCUCAGUACAGUUACUCAGGUAUCUAAUCAAAACAUCAGCCUUCACAUGCAGUGACCCAUGGUGAGAAAAAUGAGCAGGCUUCUUAAAAAUUCACUUCCUAAAGAGGCAACAUGAUCAAAGACAGAUCAGCACUCCUGAAGUUCUUCAUGCACAUUUACCCUGAUGGUGUGUGCACACAAAUAAGCUGUCCUAGAAGUACGGUCAUUUGGUCAGAGCGAUUUUUAUUUUACCAUCUCGCAAGUUCUUUGCAUUACCAUCUCCAUUUAUUUUUGAAUAACACUCGGAUGUGAAGAGCUUUUACAUAUUACUGUUCUUCUAAAAUGAAAUGGCCUUUGGCUACAGCUGGCUUCAGAACAUGGUAAUAUCAAGUCAGGUGAAUCGUGUUACUUGAGGUGAAUUAAUACCGUUGCCAUGAGAAUUUCAUCUGCUUUACAUAUCAAGUGAUGUGAAGUUUGUCAUCAUUUCUUUAUGUUCAUAUUCGGGUCUGCAAAGGUUUGUUUUGGGAUUAAUCAUACACACUGACAGUAAAACAGUUUGUCUCUGUGAUACAUUUGUGACCUAUUGUAUUGAAAGCUUUAGUGAUAGGCAUUUUAUUUUUCAUUCAUGUCACCAGAAUUUAACAAGAUUGUGAUGUGUCAUUAUGUAAUAUCGGUUUAAAUAUAAUCCAUUGUAACUGUUGGAUAAAGUAGUAAAGAAAUGCUAUGAUAUUUUUCUUUCUUUUCAACAUGGCUCAUAAUGUGCUGAUGCUGCCAACAUAAAGGGAAUUAUUUGACAUAACGGGGAAUAAAUUUAGCUUUUUAGCCAUUAUCGAGUGUGUUUAUCCAGAAAGGCCAAUACUAAAGCAUGGACAUUUUAAAGGCUUUGAUUUUAGAAUUACCCCCAUGGUUUAGGCGCCAAAUAUAGAUUUUCAUGAAUGUUUGCUGAUGUUGAGAAAAUGGUCGAAACAAGUUGUCCUUUUUAAAUACAGUAAAAACUAAUAUGUUUUGAAAACCCUCUGAUGCAGUCUUUUGCUGUCAGUCCACAAUUGAAAAUGACUUGAUUAUAGUACUACGGUGUGUGUGUUGUUUGUUCAUUUGGCUAUUUAUUUAUUUGAAAGCAGAGUAUCUUCCAACUUUAUGAUUGAAUGCAGCUUCAAUUCAUCCUGUGAGUGGCGUGACAUUAACUCCUUCGGUCCAGUGUGCUCAAUAGAGUUUAUAUAGGCAGCUUGGCAUGCUUUGCACUCUGGAGAACCUUCUCACAGCCAUUUGCCAGAUAUCAGGGAUUUCGUUACGAUUCAUCUGCCUAACACCUCUGACUAAAAUUUUAGCCUUAACACUCAUUUUGUAGAUAUAUAGAGAGAACAUUGUCAUAAUCUGUACAUUUGCUAUCAGGGCUGUUUUCCCCCAAAUGGGCGAUGCGUUUCAUCAGUAGACAUGGAAACUUGCUUGAACACUACCAAUGUUUUUGUUUUUGAAAAUUUAGCCUGGCUUUUUCUGAAUGCAGGAUCAGUCUUCAUGCAUCUUACAAUUUGGAAUAUGUGUGCUUGAAACGCCACCAUGAUUGUCCACUUGCCCUCACAUAGCCUACACAAGAUAACUAUUGAUCUUCUCAUAACAUAUGAAUAAAGCUCAUCUUGGUUUA